UUCCGGGUCUGGGCGGCGCCCCUUCCCUUCCCUCCCCUCCCUUCCCUUCCGUCCCCUUGCUGCUGUAGGCCGCGCCUCCCCUGCCCUGCCCUGCCCUUCCUUGCCCUUCCUUGCCCUUCCUUCCCCUGCCUUCCUUCCCCUGCCCUGGCGGCCUUGGGCGAUGUCGGCGGUGCCCGAGGGCGGUGGGGGCCCGGGGCCGGUGCCCCGGCGCCGUGUUUGGCGGGAGGGGGAGCCCCCGGUGGGGGGGGAGCCCCCCGUGCAGGGGGAGCCCCCGGUCGAAGAAUCUACAGAUGUUAAGAAAAAGGAGAAGCCUCUUCCAAGACUUAAUAUCCAUUCUGCCUUCUGGAUUUUGGCAUCCAUUGUUCUGACGUAUUACGUUGAGUUUUUUAAGACUGUUAAAGAAAGCGUACUAACAGAUAGCUGGUUUCUUGUUGGCAGCAUCUUGUUGACCAUAAGCUUAACGAUUGCGUUUUACUGCAUUGGGUACCUGGAGUGGUGCUGUGGGAUCGGGGACUAUGAUACCAGGUAUCCUGCUCUGAUACCCGUUACGACGGCUACUUUUAUUUCUGCAGCCAUCUGUUUCAACAUCGCCUUAUGGUCUGUGUGGUCCUUUUUCACUCCGUUGUUGCUGUUUACUCAGUUUAUGGGCAUGGUGAUGCUUGUCUCACUCUUUGGCUGAUGUCUUCAAGAUACUGUACAACCAGAAGUGUGUUAACCCGGGGAUAAAGGAGUUGGAGAGCCCCAUUUCCACGUGUAACAACAGAAGACUGCACCCAGCUAACUAAAACUUUUGAUUUUGAAUGUGAAUUAUAACCGCACUACAGCACAGCACUGGAAGCUGAAGCGUAAUAUUCUCUAAUGACCAAACUCUGAAAAUGCUUAAUUCAGCGGCGGAGAUUGUCGGUGGACUGAAGCCAGAUUUAAGCUCAGCAGAGCACCCCCACUCAUCUCGCACAACCCCACAUUCCAAUAUAUUCAUCAUCAUGGAUGAAAAGUCACCUGUUUUAAUACUACUUGCCUUUUUAUAUAAAUACGAUUUCAGGAUAUUGGCUGAACCAAACAGCAGCCAUAUUCUGUGAAGGAAAUUAAGAUUCAUAGUUUCAGGUAGCCAGCAAUGGUUUUUAGGCGCGUGGGUCUAAUACUUUGUAAUUUAUAAACUUGAUAUAAAGAGUUUGGGCCUUACCUGAGCAUCUUUGUAGAUCUUUUUAGGUUGUUAGAGUAAAUAUAAAUCUGUGGAGUCCUGGGUGUCCUGCAGUCCAGGGAGAGAGAAGAGAGAGGAAGUUCUGCUGCCCAUCAGCCUCGUUUCAGAGUGGGCUGGAGUUUCGGGCUCCCUUCCGAACAGCCCCAACAGCCGGUCGUUCCAUCCACCAGGCCAUGCUUGAAGUUUUGAUGUCGCGACUACGUUGCGAUCAGAAUGCUCUGCCUCAACCGCUCUUAAUUUAUGAAGCUGUUGUUGAAUGGAGGAUGUACUUUGGAAUCCAGAUUAUUUAUGCACAGAACUCAUGGCAGGUGGUAAAAUCGACUCAACAGCUGGCACUCGUCUCUGGUGGGACCGAAUGAAUCUUCACUUCCGAGUAAAUGUGAUUAAUACAGUGAGCUAGGGCCGUGGCCUAAUUUAAGCACAAGUGCCCAUGUUAAGUCAUUCCAUUCCAUUGUCAGCUCUGAGAAGUUGGCCGUUGAUUUUGGUUAGGUGAGUUUUCGUUCAUUAAAUAGUAUUUAUUGAGCGCUUACUACGUGCAGACCACUGUACUAAGCGCUUUGAAUGUGCAAUUCGGCAACCGGUAGAGACAAUCCCUGCCCAGUGACAGGCUCACUGUCUAAGCAUUUUGAAUAACAGUGCAAGUUAGAAGAACUUUGAAAUGUGUAAUUAUUUUUACUAAUAGCCCAAAAUGUAACCUCUAAUGAUGUGGAGUGUUGUCUACCUGCUAGAAAAAUGUGACUUAAAUGAAUGUUUACUUCAGAUAUGCAUACACGUACUCCUCUGAUAUGAAGGCUUAAACAUCAGAUGAUUUAGAAAAAUGAGAACUGGUGAUUCAUGUACAUGGUGAAGAGGCGUAGAGCAACCCACCCAAAUGCGUUUGAGCUACAAAGAGGCAGUUUUAACUUGAAAGUUAAAAGUGGAGUCAUACCAUUAAAUAAACCCAAGAUAGAUUCAACUAGGA